AUGUCAACACUAGAUAAAGAUUAUGAAAAUGAUCCAACGAAGGAUGCUUUAGAUGAUGAUGAAAUAGAUGAUGAUGAAUUAACUCAAGAUUGGUCAAAAAUUGCUGCACUAUCUAAAAAGAAUCCCAACUACACCAUACCAAAACGAGGUGAAAAAGAUGCUGUGAUAGAUGGGACUAAUGCUCAAGAAUUGCUAUUAAAUAAUGCUAGAAAUGAAAUGUUUGAAGCGUUAGAGAAUUCUGUUAGAGGAACUAUGAUUAAGUCACAGGUUAAGGCAUAUUACUUGCCUCUACAACACGAAGCUAUUGUCCCUCAUCCAAAGGGAAAUUUUUUACAAUCAAUGGGGAAAGCGGAUAAACAAGGAAGAGUCUUUCUGAAAUUUCAUGAAUUUCUAUACUUGGCAGAAAGAGGAACAAUUACACCAUACCAAACUUUUUGCAUUCAGGAUCCCGAUUCGCUAGAAGAACAAACUAUCGAACUUCAAUUGUCAAUCCAAGAUCUUUACUCUUUUUUUAAAUCACAGGAUGAAUCUGAUAAUUUUUUAGUGUUCGCCUAUUUGAAACGUUUAGGGUUCAUUGUAAACCUUACAGACUCUAAUGAUUGUGAUACUACUUCAUUUUUCCCUCCUCCCAAGAAAUCGAUACUUAGUAACAUACUAAAUAUUUACAAUACUAUUCGCAGCAUAUUCACAUUUCAUAAAUUAUCUUUAUUUAAUGCAUUCUUUUACUCAAAAUGGAACUUCUUAUUUAAUAGAUAUACCACAAGUGGGCAAAUAUAUGUUGGAUUGAAAAAACUAAUUCCAUUUUUUAAAGCACCACAUACAAGAUAUGACCUCUUAUCAUUAAAUUCUCAGCACAAACUCUCCUCUGAUACAUCUCAUAAAAAACAAAAACUCUCAAAUAUCAACUUUAAGCCAUUAAAAAUAACUUUCGAUGUCUGGAAACCACAGUCCAAUUAUAAAAAAAAAGUACCUGGUUUGCCAGAUUAUCAAGUUGUUGUCUUUAACAAAAAUGAUCCACAUCAAAGAUUUCCAACUUACUUAGAAAUGAGAAAGAUAUUUGAUUCCUUAGAUUAUAAAUUUGAGUAUUUGUCUGAAAUUACUGAUGAUUUAUCUUGGAACAAAUAUUCAUACACCAAUGGAAUGCUUCGAACGGCUUACUUGAGUUCUAUCAAGGCAAAGGCACAGCAACAGAGAUCAAGUCAAAAUCCUAAUAAUCCAAAAAGUAAGAAAAAGAAAAAUUCUAGGCCAACUUCCCAGUUCGUAUUACAAAAUAGAAGGUUAAAGAAUGGAUACAGAAGCUUUUUAUUAUGCGUAAUUGACUCUGGCAUAAUCAGUUUUGUGAAAAUUUCAGAAACUGAUUUUGGUUCUGAAGACGUAUGGUAUGUUCCACCAAAGAACAUCAAAAAAUAUAAUAAAUAA